AUUAGACCGUUCCUUCAUCAACUAGAAGCUUUGCUUUUCAUGUCACACCGGCGGCGAUGUUAAAACUCGUGUCAGUCAGCUAAAAGCCCAUGUCAUCCGGUCGCUGUAUUUUCCACCGGUCUUUCCCGAGUCCCACUAGGAUCCAGUCGCCCUUUUCCGAUCGCGUUGUUAAUCGUAGUGUCGGCCGUUAGGGAGCUUCCGCCGGCGUUUGAAGCUGAUCCGGCGAAAUCGAUGGGCACAGAGUAGCUGAGAUUGGGCUGGAUGCUUCCUUUAGAUUCUUCUGUGGUAGAUAGAGGAGGAGGUGGAGGAGAAGAAGGUGUGAAGGAAAGGGUGGCCAUCCGGAUCAUGACGCGUUGCUGUUGCACCGCGGUGGUCUCUUUAGGUGUUUCUUUCUUGCUGUCGUUCGUAUUCGGGUUCGUGGCCAUCGUGGUGGGGAGUUUGUCGGCGUCAAAUCCGGUUGCGGUUCCUGCGGUUUGUAGGAUUGUUUCUAGUAGUGUAGAUAUUAAGUCAUCUAGGGUUUGUGAACUCGGAUUUCUAAAUUAUAAAGUUACAAAUACAUUUCAUCCUAAGGAGAAAACAACAUUCAGAUGUCGUGAUGAUUAUUAUUGGGCUUCUAUAUUUGAGGUAGAGUUUACGGACUAUUUUUCAGGUCAAAUUCUUCAUUCAAUUGUAGAAGCCCCAAAAGAGGCCCUUCCUCAGGAUUGUAGGCCCAAUUUUGACACUGCUUGGAUGACAAAAUUGAAGUUUGAGGUGAAUGAAACUUACAAAUGUACAUACACACUGGGUAGUCAGAAGGCUGAUAUCUAUCCUGAUAGCUUUUUCAAUUGCAAAGCAAGAGAUCCAUCUACUGAAGAGAUGAUUAGAAGAUUCUUUGUGCUGUUCACAAGGUCACUUUCUGAGAAGAGUACAGCAGGACCACAGCUGGGGUUUACUGUUGCAGGCAUUGUACUGGGAAUGCUAGCUUCUUUGUGCUGCAUUAUACUAAUCAAGAUCCUUCAAGCUGCAUUAUCUUCACUUGCUAAUCAGUGGAAUUCAGAGAAGCACCUGAUACAAAUUCUCCGUCGAGCCUGCUUGCUUGUUACCUAUUUAUGUGCAUUUGCUUGGCUUAUAUUGCAGUGGCAAAAGCUAAUCGGCUUCAAACAUCUCUAUAUUAACUCUGACUUGUGAGUACAGAUUAUGUAAGUAUUUUGUAACAUGUCUCAUUAAGAGUUUUAUGUACACAUGUAUUAGUUAGCUUGAAAAAAAUGUCUGGCUUGGGAGCUAAUGCAGUAUCAUCAACUAUGGAGUCUUGUUAAAUGCUGGCAAUUGCCAAUUUCUGCUUGAAGAUGCCAUGUGCUUGGUAGUGAUAAGUGCUUCCUAAACUCUUCUUGUUUAAGCGCUUGAUUGACUGAAUUAUAAACUGAGGCAUGUCUUUGAAUAUGAAAAUUUUCAUGAAUCAGUCUCACCGGAUCCUUUGGAUGCAGUU